AACUCAAAAAAUAUACAAAAAAAAAACAAAAACUUAUUUUUUCAAGGAUUCAUCAAUGGAAAUAUUCAAGAGAAACAUGGGGACUUUUCGAGACGAAUUCGAAGGUGACGAUUUUUACGAUGAGUUAAGAAGACAAAUUUUAAUAUUAACAACAGAAGAUGAAGAAGAUUAUGUUCAACAAUCAAAUGAUCAAAUCAAGAAUUCAAAAAGAGUAGAAAUGAAAUCUUUAGUGUUGCAACAACCUAAAGGAAUUCAAUUUUAUUGGUAUGGAGAUAAAGAGGAUUAUAAUAAAGUUCCAAAAUGGUUAUUGGAUUUAUGGAAUAAAGGAAAUAGAGAUGAAGUGCUAAAUGGAACAGGAGUUUUUAUUCCACAUAUUGUUAAAUCAAGAAGAAGAAAUAAAUCAAGAAGGAAAAAUACUGAAAGAGGAAAAAUAUACAAGCCAGUGUCAACAGGAAACUGUUAAUCAUCUUAUAAUUAGUUCUAAUCAUAAAAAAUAAACUGAAGUUUUGAUGUACUGUAUUAGCUAUGUAAAAGAUUUAUUUAAUUUAUUUAUGAAUUUAAAAGGCAAAUCUCCAAAAGAUAUAC